AUGCCGAAACCCGCUCAACCAUCCUCCCCCACUGCUCCGAUGGCCAACCCCUCCGAAGACCAGCGGCCGCGAAAACGAAAGCCCAUCCGCACCUACCACUGCGCCUUCUGCCACCACCUGCUCAUGGCCAGCACGCGGGAGAUCCUCUCCCUGCCGCGCCGCGCGGAGCCGGCGCUGGACCGCGCUUUUAUCCUCCCGCUGCCUCGAUCCGGCACGAGCUCCAAGACGACAACGACGACGACGCCGGUGGGGGCGGAGGAGGCGGGGGAGUCGAGUUCUGAACCUGAAGACGACGAGGAGAGCGAGGCCCAGCGUACCAAGCUCGCGCGGAAAGAAGUCGCCGCGGUCGCUGGAACCCGGAAGCAAGUCAAGAAUGAGACGACGGAGGAGGAGGAGGAGGAGGCAGAAGAAGAAGACGAUGAAGAAGAAACGGACUACACACUGCUGCUAUCAGCGACACGCGCCGACACGAGCGCGGUGGUGGUGCGGCGCGCGGACGGGUUCGAGAAGCGCGUGCUGCUGCGGUGCGGGCGGUGCGAGGUGGUGGUGGGGUAUUUUCUGGACGCGGUGCAUUUCGCGACGGCCGCGGGGACGGAGGUGGUGUAUAUCCUGCCGGGCGCGGUGGAGGAGACGGGGCAGAUGGGCAAGAGUGGUGCGGGAGUGAUUGAGGAGCAGGAGUGGGGAGGGUGGGCGCGGUUUAAGCCGGAGGCGAAGGCGAGGUCUUGA